AUGGUGUUUUGCAAGCUCAAUUUCCUCAACAAAAUAAGUGCUCCGAGUCCAUUUGAGUGGCCUAACCGGGACCGAAGGCAUGACGAGGAGGCACUGAUUGACCAGGGGAGAAGGAGCAACGGUGCCAAGAUUCACUAUGAGAAGGAGGAGUUGGAGGGCCACCGGACCCUGUACGCCGGCGUGCAGAUGCCGCCGGUGGGGCAAUGCCACCGGCAUCACCGACCCCACAAGCAGAAGCAUCGGGAACAGGAGGAGGACUGUGCCCCGACGGAGCGGGGCUACCACUGCACCCCGUCCCAGCGGGUGCAGUUCAUCCUCAGGACCAAGGAGGACGAGCAGCAUGUCCCUCACGCCUUGUUCACCGAGCUGGAUGAGAUCUGCGUGAAAGAGGGCGAAGAUGCCGAGUGGAAGGAAACGGCAAGGUGGCUGAAGUUUGAGGAGGACGUGGAAGACGGCGGCGAGCGCUGGAGCAAGCCCUAUGUGGCCACGCUGUCCUUGCACAGCCUCUUUGAGCUGAGGAGCUGCAUCAUCAAUGGCACGGUGCUGCUGGACAUUAGUGCCAACAGCAUCGAAGAGAUCGCAGAUCUGAUCCUGGGCCAGCAAGAACAGCUCACGGAGUUUGACGAGCGCACGCGGGCGGAGCUGCACUUCAUGAAGAAAAUUCCCAGCGGGGCUGAAGCGUCCAACGUGCUCGUAGGAGAGCUGGAUUUCCUUCGCCAGCCCAUCAUGGCAUUUGUCCGCCUGACCCCGGCUGUCCUCCUCUCGGGCAUGACGGAAGUUCCCAUCCCAACAAGGUUCCUGUUUGUUUUGCUUGGACCAGAAGGAAAAGCCCAUCAGUACCAUGAGAUCGGCAGGUCCAUGGCUACUAUCAUGACGGAUGAGGUUUUCCAUGACGUCGCCUAUAAAGCCAAGAACCGGGCUGACCUCGUGGCCGGCAUCGAUGAGUUUCUGGAUCAGGUCACGGUCUUGCCGCCUGGAGAGUGGGAUCCAUCGAUCCGAAUCGAGCCCCCGAAAAACGUCCCUUCGCAGUCUCUAUUUUGUCCUUCUUCCAGGCUCUUUGGAGGUUUGAUCCUGGAUGUGAAGCGAAAAGCCCCGUGGUUCUGGAGCGACUUCCGGGAUGGUCUGAGGCUGCAGUGUCUGGCGUCCUUCCUCUUCCUCUACUGUGCCUGCAUGUCCCCUGUCAUCACCUUCGGGGGACUGCUGGGGGAGGCGACCGAUGGCCACAUAAGUGCCAUGGAGUCGCUGCUGGGCGCCUCCAUGACCGGCGUGGUGUUUUCCCUCUUUGCUGGCCAACCUCUCACCAUCCUCGGCAGCACCGGACCCGUGCUCGUCUUUGAGAAGAUCCUCUACAAAUUCUGCAAGGAGUACACGCUCUCCUAUCUCUCUCUGCGGGCAUGCAUCGGGCUGUGGACCGCCUUCUUCUGCAUCGUGCUGGUGGCCACCGACGCCAGCUCUUUGGUGUGCUACAUCACCCGCUUCACCGAAGAAGCCUUCGCCUCCCUCAUCUGCCUCAUCUUCAUCUACGAGGCUCUAGAGAAGCUGAGUCACCUGCGGGAGACCUACCCUGUGCACAUGCACAGCCAGCUCAACUUCCUCACCAUCGACUACUGUAAGUGUGAGGCACCGACGCAUCCCAGCAAUGAAACCCUGCGUUUCUGGGAGAGCAACAAGAUCAACGUGUCUGGCAUCGCCUGGGAAAACCUCACGGUGACCGAAUGUCGGUAUUUGCAUGGAGAGUUUCAAGGCCCUGCCUGUGGACCCAAUGGCCCCUACACGCCUGACGUCCUCUUCUGGUGCUGCAUCCUCUUCUUCUCCACCUUUGUGCUGUCGAGCUUACUGAAGAAGUUUAAGACCAGCCGAUACUUCCCAACCAGAGUACGGUCCACAGUAAGCGACUUUGCUGUUUUCCUCACCAUCGUCGUCAUGGUGCUCAUGGACUUCAUGAUUGGGAUCCCAUCACCGAAGCUCCACGUCCCCCAUAUGUUCAAGCCUACCAGAGACGACCGCGGGUGGUUCAUCAGCCCCGUAGGACCCAACCCUUGGUGGACGGUGUUGGCUGCGCUCAUCCCAGCUCUGCUCUGCACCAUCUUGAUCUUCAUGGACCAGCAGAUCACUGCUGUUAUUGUGAACAGGAAGGAGCACAGGCUGAAGAAAGGAUGUGGGUACCACCUGGACCUUUUCAUGGUGGCCGUGAUGCUCGGGGUGUGCUCCGUGAUGGGGCUGCCCUGGUUUGUGGCUGCCACCGUCCUGUCCAUCACCCACGUGAAUAGCCUCAAAGUCGAGUCUGAGUGCGCAGCUCCAGGAGAACAACCCAAGUUUCUGGGGAUACGAGAGCAGAGAGUCACUGGCUCCAUGAUCUUUGUGCUCAUGGGCUGCUCUGUCUUCUUCACUUCUGUGUUAAAGUUUAUACCAAUGCCUGUGCUUUACGGCGUCUUUCUCUACAUGGGCGUGUCGUCGCUCGGAGAAAUUCAGUUCUUCGAUCGCUUGAAGCUGUUUUGGAUGCCGGCGAAACACCAGCCGGAUUUCAUCUACCUGCGGCACGUCCCCUUGCGAAAGGUGCACUUCUUCACCGUGAUCCAGCUGAUCUGCCUCGUCCUGCUCUGGGCCAUCAAGGUGUCCCGUGCCGCCAUCAUCUUUCCCAUGAUGGUUUUGGCUCUUGUAUUUGUCCGGAAAGCCAUGGAUUUCUGCUUCUCAAAGCGAGAGCUCAGCUUCCUGGAUGACCUUAUGCCAGAAAGCAAGCAGAAGAAGUUGGACGGUGCCAAAAACGAAGCCAAUGAAGAAGAGGUAACGCUUGCUGGGCGCUCGGGGCUGGACAUCUCCCUCGGGCUGUGA